AUGUCCGAACAGCGACUAUUCGCCUGCGAGCGAUGCUCACGCCGCAAACAACGAUGCGAUCGCACAGUCCCUGUUUGUCAACCAUGCCAAGAAGCUCAAGCCGAAUGCAUUGGCUCAGCGUCCGAGGGGACUAUUAUAUCCGGUAAUAACAGAGUCGCUGCGCGGAAAGGACCUGUCACGCGAUUGCUGGAGCAGAUUGACAUCUUGGAAGAGAAGCUUCGGGGUCAUGACCGAGGCGAGACUAGUAAUGACAAUGCUUCUGCAGCGGUUGAACCUGAAAGGGCUUCGUCAGAUGCUGCCGCGGAGCCAUCUGAGCACCAGGGUAGUGCAGCGUUACCGCAAUCGACAAGCAUGAAUAUGAGAUUCCUUUCACUAAGCGCCAUGACCGAGCCGUCUUCUCGUCGGGGCGAGUUCCUCAAACACCUCUCCACCCAGCGUUUAAUUGUAGGCAUCACAAAGACCUACGGCGGUGAUCCUGAGUCUACCGCUCGCCCCGAUUCACUAUGGGAGGGCAUAUCGGCAUAUCUACAUCAUCCUCAGGGUAGUAAGCAUCGCUUGCGUAUACCCCCCGCCGACGCGAACAAAGCCCUCGAGAUAUAUCUCGCAGUGGUCGACUUUCGUUUUCCUCGCCUCCCUGUGGACAAGGUGCUACUAGGCAUUGAUGCCAUAUCGCACGUUGAAGAGGACCAUUUCAGAAGGGUUGUCGCUACAGACCCGGCGCAUGUUUUUAUGGCAUACGCUGUCAUAACUAUCGUGCCACUUGUCAGCGAUGCCUACCCCAUAUCACAAGGAUCCUGGGUGUCAGUGCACCUUCUGGGAAAGUGCAUGGAACUACUCGAUAGGGUGUUUAAUCAAGAAGAUGGCAUCGAUAUAAUCCAGUGUCUACAACUUCUGGUCAUUCUUGCCGUGCACUGCUCUGCCGCUGGAUCGGCCUGGCAUCUGUCCAGCUUCGCGAUGAAUAAGUGCAUCGCCUUGGGAUAUCAUCGGGAGGACCCAAAGUCUGCUUCCAUGUCGUUACUGGAUGUUCAGCAGAGACGCUGGGCGUUUUGGGGAUGUUAUUUUCUGGAUGUCCUGAUAUGUGCCGCUUUGGGGAGACCACCGAGUAUUGAUGUCAAACAUAUCACUACUCCUCUGCCAGCGGAUCCUGCAUCAAAUUCAUCUAGUCAAUGUGCACAGCAUGGACAGAUCAUAUCAAAUCUCCGAACUUCCCCUUCCACGACCCACCGUCUCGUUUCUCGGGACGUAUAUCACAAACAACUAUUCCAAUAUGCCCGACUUCUAUCUCAGAUUGUUAGUGAGGCUACAAACAGUCCCCAAUCGUCAGGUUCUUGCGACGAUUUCGAGCAUCACCUCGGGCAGGCCCUUAGCUGGAGAAUCAGCUCACUGCCACAUGAUGAGCCAGACAGCUGUAACAUCUAUCUCUUCCAGACCUCCUUAUAUAACACCCUUAUGUUACGACUGGCAGUCAGGGAGCUACUGAUUCUAUUCUCUUUCGGACCUGACUUGCAUGACUCCGAACCUACAUCUGAGCCAAUCACUCGGUUUCUAGGCGAUAUAAAUACUGAGGAGAGUCGGAUGAAGAGAUUGAAGAUUUCACAAAUAUGCGCAGCUGUGGCGCGAAGUUUGGACCGCGUUCACAUGACCGGUCGUUCUUAUCUCUCUCUCAUCACUGGCUACAGCUCUUUGACCAUGGCAUUUACGUGUUUAUACUUCAUGGCUGUUCGAACCAUCGUCAGGCACGCAACAGCAGAGAACACCACCUGGGACGUUCCUCAGAGUCACUUGGGAUCAGAUGGCUCAAGUAUGACAUGGCACCCGCCACCGUCUUCAUUCCCCUUCCAGAACUCUGGAGAUACCGUACCAUCAUUUGUUCCCAGUUCCUCACGCUCCUAUCAUCAAUCACCCGAAAGCCAGGCAUGGGCGGAUAGCUUUGAGGUUGAUGGUGUCAAUGACGCGUUCAAUAUUGCCAUUGCUAAAGUCGACGUGGUGGGAAGACAAUUCCCUCGACUCAAUUACUAUGGUCGCAUGGCUCUCGAUAUUCGUAAGCUUCUGAUAUCAAUGUCAAGCCCGGCUGCAUUCUUCUCACCAACUGAGGCUGUUGGUGAUCAGCUUGGAGCAGUCAAGGCCAGCGCUCAGGAUAUUGGACCAAUGCUCAACCGAAUUGAGCAACAACUCUUGAAACCUCUAUCCACGCCAUCUUUUACAAUGGGUUCGAUACCAACCACCGCACCAAUGGCUGAUUCCGCCACCAAACCUGAACUUUACAUCCUCAGUGACUUUCAUCCAGAGGCCGUAAAAUACGCCCGAAAGUCUUUUGAUUGCAUCCUCUAUGGCGAUCCUCGCACAGAGAAUUGGCACUCCCACGCCACAGCAAUCCUUAUCAAGGAUUACUACAUCACAGAAGAUGACCUUGCCUCCGCUCCCAAGCUACGGGUCAUUGGCAAACAGGGCGUCGGCUUGGAUAAGAUUGACGUCGAGGCUUGCAAAAGACACAAUGUUAAAGUUUGCAACACUCCUGGCGUUAAUGCCUCGGCUGUUGCAGAGAUGGCGCUUUGUCUGGCGUUGACUGUCGCUCGGGAAGUGCCCCAGAUGGUAAUCCGACAGAGAAUUCAGGGCGAAGCUAUUCGAAAAGAGACCGUAGCCGGAAUAUUGCUGUCUAAAAAGAUCAUUGGAGUUGUAGGAAUGGGCCAUAUCGGUCAAGCUAUUGCACAUAUGUUCGUUGGCGGAUUGCAAGCAGAGAUCAUUGCUUUCGAUCCAUAUUUCCACGACAACGAAAGCUCCUGGAACACAAUACCCUACAAACGCGUCAAGACCCUCCCUGAGCUUCUCGAGGUCGCAGACGUGGUGACACUACAUGUCCCUCUCACCCCCACUACGAAGAACAUGAUUGCAGCGCCGCAGUUGAAGCAGAUGAAGAAAACAGCCAUAUUGAUCAACACAGCACGUGGUGGGAUCGUCAAUGAGGAAGAUCUGGCGGAUGCGUUGGAGCAAGGUGAGAUUUGGGGUGCUGGUUUUGACUGCCAUUGUGAGGAGCCGCCGACAUUGGCAAAGUAUGAGCGGCUUUGGAAGUGUCCGCGUUUCGUUGGGACGCCGCAUAUUGCUGCUGCGACGGAUGAGACUCAAAUUGCUACGAUAAAUGGGGCCACGGAUGGUAUACUUCAGUUCUUGCGUGAGAACAAGAAAUGA